AAACAGGAUCACGUUUCUCCUCUGUGAGCUGAAGAGAUUAACAAAAUGUUUGGGACCGUGGUGGUUGGAGUUGGAAUUGCUGGCCUAGCACGGAUCCGAGACUUGAUGAAUCCGAUGCCUUCUAGCCCUUCUGAGCACCUGAAACUCUGUGGAUUUGUAUCCAGGAGAAGUUUUGGCAAUAUUAAUGAGGCCAAGCAGAUUAGCCUGGAAGAUGCUCUAAGAAGCAAAGAGAUCCAUGCAGCCUUCAUCAGCACAGAGAACAGAAGCCAUGAAGAAACCAUCAGAAUGUUUUUAGAAGCUGGGAAACACGUCCUUGUUGAGUACCCCAUGGCUUUGUCCGCUAAGGCAGCCCAUGAGCUCUGGGAGAUGGCUGAACAGAAAGAUAAAAUACUCCAUGUGGAGCACAUUGAGCUUCUGACUGAAGAGUACAAGCAGCUGAAAAAAGAGGUGGCUGGGAAAGACCUGGUGAAGGGAACAUUGCAUUUCACAGGUAGCGUCCUCGAUGAAAACAAAACAGGAUUCCCAGCUUUCAGUGGAAUUGCCCGACUGACUUGGCUGAUCGACCUCUUUGGAGACCUCACUGUUACCUCUGCCACCAGAGAAAAGCAGAAGGAUAAGAAUUAUUCCAGAAUGACUGUUCACUUUCAGACGGCAAACAAGAAACCUCUGACGUGGAUUGAAGAAAGGGGACCAGGGAUGAGACGUGAAAAGAAAAUCAACUUCUGUUUCACAAGUGGUUGCCUGGAGAACUUCCCUCAAGCCCCAAGGUCUGCUGUGGGCCUUUUCAUGCAGGAUCAGAACCUCUUUGCCAAAAAACUGCUGGGCCAGGUAUCCAAGGAGGAGCUGGCUGCUGAGAAAUGGCGAAUUUUGCGGUGUCUUGACCUUGCCGAGGUGAUCCAACAGCACUGUGAACAGCCAGAGAAAAUCUGUUCCUGAGACUGCUUUUAGAGAAGGAGGAACAUGGCAGACGGGAAAGCUGUAGGGCUAGA